GAAUGUGUCGCGCUUUCAGCCGCCCUUAUUCUCGUUCCCCUUCGUCCUUACCAGCCUUCACGACAAAGCAUAACCAGACCUCUACCAACGACAUGUAAAAGGAUGGCGAAGCUAGGCAAACUCGAAUGGGAUGACGACUCCUCGGACGAAUACAUUGAGGAACAUAGACGACACAUGAAACGACGCAAGGUUGAGGUAUCUGAGGUCGCUCUGUAUGGACGCGCGAAGAACAUCGCAUCCCUCUUCCUGACACCGCUCCCCGACCUCCUUGGCGCUCCAGACAAGCCGUGCUAUGCAGAAGACGGCAAUGCAUCCGGUCAACCACCUACUGUUGCGUUCGACGAGCUCAUAUCUCCUCUCCUGUCUGAGCUCAAGGCCGCACGUCAACAUGAGAUAGAUCGAGAGGGGCUGGUUGGAGCACAGGGAGAGAGCUUGCGUCCUCUCAGACAUCACGAAGCCAAUGCCCUCCUCGAACGAAAGGAGAUCCUUGCCCCAGAACCCGCUUAUGCCAACGGCCAGACACCACCCAUGAUGCGUAUUGUUGCACUCCGGAAACUUUCCCUUGAACGUGAACGUAGAAGAGCCCACGUUUCUGGCCCCAACCUCUCCCUUGGUCAGCCCCUGGCCCCGCCGAAAGUUGAAGAUGACACUGGAUCCACGUCCGACCUCUUAGACAAAACUCCUGUUCCUUCAGUAGCCUCACUGUCGCCGCUCCCAAAUCCACUUCCAACACUACCACCUCCCCCAGGUGUCAUCGCAAGCCUGAACGCGAUCCGAACUACCCCAUUCUCUCGUUCCUUCCUUUCGCGCAUAGUCGGCUCUGCAGAGCAUGGAGUAACACACGAACACGGUGGACCCUCGGCCCUGAGUGCUGUUGGCACCGUAUCGCAGGUCGGUGGGCUCGGAAACGCUAGUAGUGGUGCAGGCAGACGAGGUGACGUGGUUGCGGCGGACUGGGAGACGCGUACGGCUUGGAUGGGGCUCAUGGACGAUGUUCGAGAACAUUUCGCGUUCAUGCAUCCUGACAGAGAACAGCCAGGAGUGAACCCUUCUGAGCUUCAGAUGCCUAUCGCGUAUCGUACACUCGCUGCCACGCACCUUCCACAAGUGAACGAUCUUCUAGAGCGUACGUUCUGGAAUGGCAUUGAUGUCGGCGAUGCUCUUCAGCACGACCCCGAGCGGUGCACGCUCGUCGCUACGCAUGGUGCCCUCGUUGUAGCCGUCGUUCUUGCCAGCGCUCCAAGCUCACGAGAAGCGUACGUAACAUACCUUACCGUUCGCGCCGGGUGGGACGGUGCUGGCAUAGCUUCGACAUUGCUGUAUCACCUCCUCGCGCUCAACCCGGAUCGUGACGUUACGCUCCACGUCUCCGCCAACAACCCUGCAAUGCUAUUGUACAACCGAUUUGGUUUCAAAGCGGAGCAGUUUGUCGCCGGAUUUUAUGAUGCAUACCUCCACCCUGAUUCGCGCGCGUCGAAGAAUGCGAUGUUCCUCCGACUGCGGCGCUGAUCGUCGAUUGAUCUCUUCCCGCUGGCGAUUUGAUCUACCCCAAUGCGGUGUCUUAGUACUCAAUCCUCCCAGCCUUGCAAUCUCAUACAUAAUAUACGGUCAUUCCAGGCCGCCCAUCUAUUUUCUUGGACUUGACGAAUGGGAAGCUCCUAAAAACAAUGCCUUGGAGCCAUGACGCGUGAGUAUAAGGUAAUCUUGGAAUGAACGGAAGAGGUAAACCCUUGUACGCGUCUUGGUCGGCUGUGCGGCUACUUGACAAUUGACCCCUCCUACGUAUGGGUGUACCUAGUCUCAAACCAGACGCUCUUGAUGCGGAGCCGUAACAUCAGCAUCGCCCCCGCCGUUUUCUCAUAAGAACUGAUCAUAUCCCCCGCUUUUCCCCCUCCUCGAACGGCCAAAUAAACUUUCAGCAUUCAUCCACCAAGGUUCUCAGUGAGGCGUGCCCUCUUCCCUAAGUUCAAGGCUGUGCGCUUACAGUUUAUCGCUGCAUGGACAUUAUGCGCAGCAGGUCUCCCGUGCCUAAUGUUCUCUCAUG